AUGUCCGACCCUCCCUACGCGCUCUUUGUCCUCAACAAGAGCAUUACGAACGAGGAUCUCAACUCCGUCCUUGAGCGCGCCUGCCAUGGUGACGGCGACUCGGGCUGGAACUUUUGGGUCGCGACCGACUCCUACGACGACUUGCCGGCAUGUCCAGAAGUUCACAAGCCAUCUCCAGAUGCUGGCGGAACUGAGCCUCCUAUUCCAUCCUCCUUCGUCUCCCCCUGGCUCGGCAAGACACCCGAAGACUGCGCAAAGUGGCUGCAGGCGAUGCCGCGCACUGAAUCCACAGACGAGAAGAAGUAUGUUGUGGACACGCCCGUGAACCCACAGUACUUUGUAUUCCUGAAUGAGUUCUAA